GUUCAAAAUGGCGUCUAGCGUAGCCGCAUGAAUCUUGAUAGCUGGUAAACUUGUAAACAUUGCCUUGAGUAAACAAAAAUACACCGGGACAUUAGUUUUUUACCAUUGCAACACGAUAAUGCAGCUUUUUGGCACAGUUUUGAAAUAUGUCGUCAAAAGGCCGUUCGUUUAUUCGUGUCGGAAGCUGUGCACUGCUAACAGACAGCUAGCUCUGGGAGAAGAGACUGUACUGAUCGUGGGCUCGAACUCGCGACUGCUGCAGCGGCUCGGCUCACAGGUGGAAGUGAGACCCGGUUUCAUCACAGAGGAAGAAGAGGCUGCUCUGCUGAAGGAGCUCGAGCCAGGCCUGAAGAGGAAACGCUACGAGUUUGACCACUGGGACAAUGCAAUCCACGGUUACAGGGAAACGGAGCGUGUGACGUGGGGGCCAGCCUGUGCGGAGGUCUUGAACAGGGUCCGGUCUUUGGCCUUCCCUUCAGACAGUCCACUCCUGGGACCAGUCCAUGUCCUGGAUCUGGACCAGAAAGGAUAUAUCAAGCCACACAUAGACAGUGUCAAGUUCUGUGGCAGCACCAUCGCUGGCUUGAACCUGCUGUCUGCCAGUGUCAUGCGUUUAGUAAAGCAAGACUCCCCACAUGAAUGGCUGGACCUUCUCUUACCUCGGUACUCUCUGUAUAUUAUGAGAGAGGAAGCAAGAUAUGAUUUUACCCAUGAGAUUCUCAAGGACGAGGAGUCAGUGUUCAAUGGACAGAGGGUGCCACGGCAACGGAGGAUCUCAGUUAUAUGUCGCAACCUACCCAGCUGAGGAGACAACCAAAGAGAAACUGGACAUUUAUACAAGAAUAAAAAGAGAGGAAUCAUGUAGCAGUUUUCUGGAGAGAUAAUCAUUCAUUCAGCACAUGUUUGUAAAGAUACGGCAAUAGUAAAAGGAGGCUAAAUUAUGUUCAA